AUGAGGUAUAACUCUUCUACUUUUUCAUACGGACCACACACUAUGAAUAUAUCACAACCGUUAUCAAGAGCCUCUUUAGUUGCAGAAAAGACACUUGAAGGACAAGUACAACAAAAGAGAAAUUUUGGGUCAUAUUACUAUCCAUUUCCAAAGAUUCCAAGACCUAAGAGAAAUGUAUUGUAUUAUUCGACAUGGACUAAAGGAACCAGAUUGGCUUCAAGUCAGAAGAAAUUGAAGCUUCCUUAUAUCAGAAUAUCCAGAAGGCUGUUCUCGAGUGCCAACCAGAAGUUGAAGAACAAGACGAAGAAUCUCCACAAACGAUUCUUCUCAACGGAGGCACGUAAAAAGAGACAACAACGCAGAAAGUUUAUCAGAUGGUGGACGUUAACUUCGUUGACGAUUGUGUUAGGUGGUGUUGCAGCAAAAAUACACUACGAACGAGGUGAUAAGGACCAGCACUUCAAUGAAUACGCUAUAAAACCACAAUCGUGGCACUUGUAUGCUUAUUCUACUUUACCAUUGAAGUCGAUUUCGAGGUUGUGGGGACAAUUCAACUCCAUCAAUUUACCAAUUUGGUUGAGAAGCCCAUCUUAUAAGUUGUAUUCUACCAUAUUUGGUGUCAAUUUAGAAGAGAUGGAUGAACCGGAUUUAACAACGUACAACAACUUGUCUGAAUUUUUCUAUAGAAAGUUGAAGCCAGGGGUUAGGCCAAUUGCCGAUUCAGAAGUGGUUUCUCCAUCUGACGGAAAAGUUUUAAAAUUCGGAGUCAUAGAGAAUGGUGAAAUUGAACAGGUGAAGGGUAUGACAUACUCAAUUGAUGCGUUGCUUGGGUUGAAAUCAGAAAGAUUAGCAGCUCCUUCUCAUUCGCUUGAUUUUGACCACGAAACUGAUGAUGACUCCGUUAUGAGAAGAGACGAAGAAUUUGCGAAGAUCAAUGGCAUAUCAUAUUCGGUUGAUGAUUUACUUGGUGGUGAAUCAGGCGAUACGUAUCAUAUGAAUGAUUUAGACUAUAAAGAUGAAGGUGAUGGGACAGCAAAAGGAUCAAAAUCCUCGUUUUCCAAGGAACUUGCGGUCGCCCAGGGUGUCGCCCCAACCACGUUAGACAAUUUUAAUGGUAAUAAACAAUUAUACUUUGCUGUUAUUUACUUGGCUCCGGGUGACUACCAUCGUUACCAUUCGCCAACAAACUGGGUUACGACCUUAAGACGCCACUUCAUUGGUGAAUUAUUUUCGGUGGCCCCAUUUUUUCAAAAGACCUUACAGGGGUUGUUUGUUUUAAACGAGAGAGUAGCGUUAUUGGGUUACUGGAAGUACGGCUUCUUUUCAAUGAUUCCAGUUGGUGCCACUAAUGUUGGAAGUAUAGUCGUGAACUUUGAUAAAGACUUGAAAACAAAUGAUGUUUACGAAAAUGAAGUCUAUCUGAGAAGCUCUUCGUCCAGUAAUGAAAAUACCCCAUUAUUGCACAAUUCUGAUGAAUCCUCGACAGACAUAUCAACCGUAUCGACCACUUCCACCUCUUCUAGUGAGCGUAAGAAAUUGAAGAAAAAUACUGUCUAUGAGGCUACGUAUACUAAAGCUAGUAGGCUUUUAGGUGGGUAUCCUUUAACUAAGGGUCAAGAAGUAGGAGGCUUCAAAUUAGGUUCUACAGUUGUCUUGAUUUUUGAAGCUCCAGAUAACUUCAAAUUCGAUUUAGAAAUUGGCCAAAAAGUUAAGAUGGGUGAACAAUUAGGUAGAUUCGAAUAA